AAGUCGACACUUAACAAUUAUUGUGCUAUCUGUAGCUUCUGUUUUAUUCGAAAAACAAAAGCGGGAAGACAGUGCUUAAGGCAGAACUUCAAGAUGGCACAAAUACAGGACCAGUUCCACUCAAGUCCACACGUCAGAGAAGAGCAGCAACACAUCCAGAGGCAAGCCCAUGCCAGGCGACAGCCACGCACACGACAUACUCAGCAACAGGAGCUGUUCCAGCAAAGCGCACAUCAGCACCGGGAGCAUCAGCAACAUAGAGAGCCACCACUAAGGGAGUCUCAUCCGAGGGAGCCUCCACCGAGAGAGUAUCAGCCAAGGGAACAAGCACAGAGGCAACAUCAGGAGGAGCCGCAGUGGAAAGGAGAGCGUCGACGCAAUUCAUAUCAGACGCGACAGCGGUCGUCAAAGUUUGGCAGCCAUCCAGUGCCGGACAUCAUUGUGGGCGGGAAGUAUCAACUGAUCAGUCGUAUAGGCAAUGGCUCGUUUGGGGAACUCUAUCGCGCAAUUGCUCUCCAGAACGACGAGAGGGUGGCCGUCAAACUGGAGAGUUCCAGUGUCAAGCAUCCGCAGCUUCCGCGUGAGGCCAAAAUCUACAGCAUAUUGCGUGGGGGCGUUGGUUUUCCGCAGAUACGCCACUACGGCACUGAGGGUGUCUACAAUGUGCUGGUGCUGGACCUAUUGGGACCCACACUGGAGGAUUUACUGAACUUUUGUGAGCGCAGCUUCAGCAUGAAGACCACUCUAAUGCUGGCUGAUCAGAUAUUGGCCCGUGUCGAGUACGUGCACAUGAAUUGUCUGCUCCAUCGCGACAUCAAGCCGGAGAACUUCCUGAUGGGCCUGGGACGCCAACGCACACGUGUCUUUAUGAUUGACUUCGGCCUGGCCAAGAAAUUUUAUAGUCCACGCACUCAGCAGCACAUCAGCUACAAUGAGAAGCACGACCUGGUGGGCACGGCUCGAUAUGCAUCCAUGCAUGCGCACUACGCGGAGCAAGGUAGACGGGACGAUCUGGAAUCUGUGGGCUAUUUGCUGCUCUAUUUUGUGCGCGGCUUUCUGCCCUGGCAGGGCAUCAAGGCAGAUACACGUUUGCAGAAGUAUGAGAAGAUCGCCGAAAGCAAAUCAAACACACCGCUCACGGCCCUUUGUGCAGGUCUACCCUUCGAGUUCUAUAUGUACAUGAAGUAUUGCCGUACACUACACUUUGCCGAGCAGCCGGACUACAUGUAUCUACGUCAGCUGUUCAAGGUGCUAUUCCGUAAUCAGAACAUGCUGUACGACUACCUCUACGACUGGGUCGACAUGAAGAUGCACGGCGAACGAGAGCGGCGUCAGCAGCGGGAGCGUCAGGGCGAACGCGAUCGACAGCGGGUGAAGGAGCGCGAGAAGACGGCACGACAUGUCUGCCUCUGCAGCUAUCAUCAGCACAAGCAACGACAGCAUCGACAGCAGCGUCAUCAGCGGGAGCGGGACAGGGAGCGCGAACAGCGCCUGGGCCAGUUCCUGCUCUCUGAUAAGUGACCCCGACCCAUCGAAUGCAAUUAUCAUUAGUUUCUAGUUGCUCAGCUGUUGUUUCAGCUGCUUUCAGUUCCCAGGGCAGACCUCUCUAAUUAACUAUCGCACACUAACUAACUAUGUAUAUUUUAGCUAAAUUAUCUUUUGUCUGUGUGAGUGUGUGUGUGUGCGUGCGUGUGUGUACACAUUGUCCAUCGAAUCAAUAGCACAUAUAAUUGGCACAACAAGGCGUGGAAGCAACUCGACGAUGCCUGAGCAAACACUAAGGCAUUGUCAAAACUUUUCCUUUAUCAUACAAUAUAAUAUAUCGCAAAGUUGGCCAAAAGACAAAGAACCGACGCACACUCACAUGCUAACACUGACUCCAACACUCACACACGCACACACACAAGGCCAUGGCUGGGAAAGAAAGCAGAGCGAAAGUAUUAGAAACCAAUUUGAGCCGCCCCCGUGUUGACUGUGCAAACAGAAAACCCACUCCACAUAUAUACACACCAUCUAUGGCAGUGUGCGUGUAUAUUCGUAUGUAUUGUAUUGUGUAUUGUAUAUGUGGGCGUGUGUGCCACGCUUAAGCAUGUUAAUAAAAGGGUUAAUUAGAAGGCAAGUCAUGGCGUGUUACGGCUGACGUGCAUGUGCAUGUGGAAAUGUGGAAAUGUGGAAACUUGGACAUGUGGAGUGCGGCUUCUCACAGAUCCAUCCAACAAGCAGUCCUGCUCUGCAAUAUGUGCACAGUGUUGACCAACUAGCCUUUAUUUUCCGCCAGAUUUUUAUGUCAUAUUGCAGAAAAACGCAAUAAAGGUGUUUUAAAAUUA